AUGUGUAACCUUAGUAGAGAUACGUUAACGGAUGGAAUCAGACAGACGGGAAGACGUCUCUUGUACACGGAGUUGGACUGGUUCUCAUCUGAGCCCCGUUUCAGACCACCGUGGAGAAAACGGGAUAAACGUGAGACAGCGCGGGGGAACGAGAUAUGCAAACAUGACAGACCGUUAUUGCCGUGCAUGCCGGGCCAGAAAAAAUUUGCCACGGCAGUCACGGUGUGGAUGAGUAACGUAUUUGAACCGGACUGUUACGGACGCCCCUGUGGUGACAACCAGGUCUGUGUACCGGGAGUCCUUGCGGACGGGAACAAGAAUGGCUGCUCGUAUGCGUGUCUAAACGUAUCCAGACCUGUAUGUCCGCUUCCGGAAUGCCUCAAUGGUCCCCAGACGCCUGGCUCGAAUAACACACUCAGUUGCAAUGCAUGGGAAACGAGAGGAGGGACAGCAACUUGCGGCAAAAAGUGGAGCGCCGUGGUUAAAAAGUGCAGACCCAUUUUAAACCUCAAGUGUCACAACGAGACGGUUUGUGCACCAAUAAACGCGGAGUGCCGUAGCGAGAGAUGUGAUUGCAGAACUGGCAUGUCAUAUAACUACACUGACAACUUGUGCGUUCCAGCUGUUAGUCAGCGUCCAGAGUGCUGUCAGUACCUAGUGAGCGGACCAGAUAAAGUGCCUGACGCCCAGCUUAGUGCCUCGUCUGUUUACGAUAACCGCCAGGACCAUGAUACAAAGGGAGCCAGACUCAAUUCAAUAUUGCCGCAUGGGCUGCAUGGACACAGGACAUAUAUCAGUAUAUACAGGUAUGCACAUGAUGCAUUCGGGCUUAUAUACGUGCAGUUUAAUGGUCUUAGUCAUGUAGUAGGCGUUUCUCUACAAGGUCGACCGUUUAACACGGAUCCGAACAUUGCUGUUUACGAAUGCUGCUACCAUCGCGUAACCGCCUACAAGUUCCUCUACAGCUCGGCUUGUCAACAUUUUACAACGGUCAAGGACACGAAUGGUUCUGAUAUGAUAUUUGCCGGAAACACGGACCAGGACACUGUUGUAACAGCGAUGUUGCCAAAGAAGGUGUCUGCCCUCUACGUUCGGAUCAAUCCGGUUACUUGGGAGGGGAAUAUCGUCCUCAGAUUUGACAUUCUUGGGUGUAAAGUGAACUAA